UGCCCCCAAAAGGCAUGGCUCCUUGUGGACUUUGUCACGGGCAUCAUGGAGCAUAAGGGCCCCGGAAGCCUCCCAAGUGCCCUUGGGCAGGAGGUGCCACUCCCUCGGCCUCAGAGGGAGGCAAAGGCAGCCCUCCUCCACCAGCCCUUCUCUCCCUUCCAUUCAAGCCCUGGGCCCCCCUCUCCCCCGAGGGCCACCCGAGGGCCUUUCCACGGCCUCCUCUGCGGGGAAAGAGGACGAGGGGCCUCCGAGGCUGGGAGCAUGCUGCUGGGCCGGAGGCUGCCCUCCCUCCUUCCCUUCGCGGGGGGGGGGGGGGGGCGGGGCGGCCUUUCCCAGGGGCCAAAGCCUGCCUCCCUCCCCCUCUGGGCCGCUUUCCUCGGCUGGAGGACCAAGGCCCAGCCCCCGCCGUCCUCCUUCGAGGCCCCUUGGCCGCCAGAGGAGGGAGGGGCUGCCCCACAGUCCCCUUCCCCGAGGGACCCAGGGAAGGAGGCUGCUGCCCUCGGAGCCUGUCCUGCCUGGCCCCGGCCUUGGCUUGGGAGGCCAGGAGGACCCUUGAGGCCCGGCCUUGGCUCAGAGCCCUUGGCCGAGGCUGGCGCUCGGAGGGGCUCUCCUGGGGGCAGCCGAGGCCCCGGACGGAGGCCAAGGCCCCGAGGGCAGCGCCGCCCCUUGUUUGCCUUCUGCGGGGCGGAGGAGGACGGGCGAAGGGCCCAAGGUCCACGGGCCCCACGAAGCAGGCUCCCCCCCCCCGAAGCCCAUGGGGCGCAGUGGGGCAGCCCCCGGGAGGAGGAGGAGGUGGAGCCCUUCGGGGAGAGGGCCUUCCUUUCAGGGGCCAGGGCUCGGCCCGGUGGGUCAGCCGGGAGGCCUGGGGCAGAGGGGGCUGCAGCCUCGCCCCUCCCUCCCUCCUGGUCCCGCCCCUCCACCACCAGCACCACCACGACGGCGGCGGCCCCAUCACCAUCCUCAUCCCCCGGGAGGGAGAGCGAAGCCAAGGGCGCCGCGGCCAUGGACCCUCGGGGCUCUAGUCUGGCGGAGGAAGGCCCCCGGGGCCCAGCCAGCAGGGAGCAGCCCCACCAGCGGAUCUUCGUCAACCGGAGCCUGGCGCUGGAGAAGAUCAGCUGCUUCGGCUUCGACAUGGACUACACUCUGGCCAUGUACAAGUCCCCCGACUACGAGGAGCUGGCCUUUGAGCUGCUGCUGGAGCGCUUGGUCUCCAUUGGCUACCCCCAUGAGAUCCUGGCCUACAAGUACGACCCAGCCUUCCCCACCAGGGGCCUGGUCUUUGAUGCCCUUCAGGGGAACCUGCUGAAGGUGGACUCCCAUGGGAACCUGCUGGUCUGUGCCCACGGCUUCCGCUUCCUGAAAGGGGCUGAAAUCAGGAAUUCCUAUCCAAACAAGUUCAUCCAGAGGGAUGACACAAAGCGAUUCCAUAUUCUGAACACCCUGUUCAACCUCACAGAGACCUACCUCUUUGCCUGCCUGGUGGAUUUCUUCACCAACUGCCCCAGAUAUGUGAACUGUGAGACCGGCUACAAACACGGCAACCUCUUCAUGUCCUUCCGCAGCAUCUUCCAGGACGUCCGGGAAGCCAUGGACCAUGUCCAUCUCUCUGGCUGCCUGAAGAAGAAGACACUGCAGGAUCUGGAGAAGUAUGUGGUGAAAGAUGCACGGAUCCCACUGCUCCUGAGCCGCAUGAAGGAGGCUGGCAAAGUCUUCCUGGCCACCAACAGUGACUACAACUACACAGAUGCCAUCAUGACCUACUUGUUUGACUUCAGCAAAGAAGGGACAGAGGAUCCUGGCCUGCAGCGACCCUGGCGCUCCUAUUUCGACCUCAUCGUGGUGGACACUCGCAAGCCGCUCUUUUUUGCGGAGGGGACAGUCCUGCGCCAGGUCAACACUGACACAGGCAAGCUGCGGAUUGGGACCUACACGGGACCUCUUCAGCACUGCACAGUCUACUCUGGAGGCUCCUCGGACAUGGUGUGUGACCUCCUGGGGGUGAAGGGGAAGGAUAUCCUCUACAUCGGGGACCACAUUGGGGACAUCCUCAAGUCCAAGAAGCGGCAGGGCUGGCGCACCUUCCUGGUGGUGCCAGAGUUGGCAAAGGAGCUGCAAGUCGGACCGAGAAAAGCUGAUCUCUUCUUGCUUGCAGAACUCUUGAGGAGCUGCGGGCUGGAUGUCUUCCUGGCUGAUCUGUACCAAUACCUGGACAGUGGGAGCAACAGGCCAGACAUCAGUGCCCUCAAGAAGCAGAUCCGGUCGAAAGUCACCCAUGAGACGGACAUGUGCUACGGCAAGAUGGGCAGCCUCUUCCGCUGUGGCUCCCGCCAGACCCUCUUCGCCAGCCAGCUGACCCGCUAUGCUGACCUCUAUGCUGCCUCCUUCGUCAACUUCCUCUAUUACCCUUUCAGCUACCUCUUCCGCGCACCCCCCACCCUGAUGCCCCAUGAGUCAACUGUGGAGCAUGUGCGGCUGGACCUCACUGUGGGUGGCUUCCUUCCAGGGCACCAAGUCCAGCUGCAGGAACUCCAAAGCACUUGUCAAAAACCCAACAUCUAUGAGGAGAUACAAGAGAACUAAUUCAUCACUACCAUUCAUUCCCCAUGAUACAGAAGGACACUCUUCAAAUGGAGGAUGAUGGGGCUAGACCUCGGCUGCCUGGGGGUGAGGGAAGAGGUGGCAGCAUAGACAAGGGACCUCCCUGCUUGCAUCCCAGGCCAGGCCUCCCUUCUCAGGCACCAGUGGAAGGAGGGCCAGCCCAGCCAGCCCUUGUAGAGUAGUCCAAAGCCCACCGGUCACACGCCUUUCUGCAGGGGCUCCAGAAGCCUCUCCUCCCAAAUGUGGAGCGGCUGAGAGGUGGUUCUGGGCCUGGAGUUGUGUUGGAGGGCAUCUCUCCUCUCUGGGUACAGCAAAGGGGCGCCUCUGGUUCCACUGGGCCCCUGGGAACCCUGCCAGUGGAGCCAGGGGGUGCAUGGUCAGCCCCCCCCCCCCCCAGCCAGAACUGAGGAGAGGGGGAAGGAGGGAAGCGGAAAUGUCUGGGGGGGGAGUCAGCAAGGAGUAGGGUGCCACCCAGCUAUCUGCUCAAAGCUUUCUCUCCUUUCCCAAACAUCUCCCAAGAGGUCACCCCAUGUGCCACGCUGAGCAGGGCAUGUGUCCCAGUGCCAGCUAGGGCUUGGCUUUUGCCCUACCACUGAAGGAAGGGGACCAGGAGAUGGGCCAGCUCUGCAGGACCCCAAAGGCAGCCUCCCCCUCCCCUGCUUGCUUUCUUCCCUGGCAUCUACUUUCUGGCAGGACCCAGGGAGAGAAAGUGAUGCUCCUCCCGUUCCCACAGGAACCGUGUCUCCAUGAGUGUCGGGGUUCAGCCCCACCUUUCACUUGCCACCCCCCGCCCUCCCCCCAGGAGAAAUUUCCCAAACCAUCCACAGUAGGAAGGUUUUCUUCCUUGCUGAAACAGAAAUAAAGAUGGCCAUGUUCCAAAA